UCUCUUGAUACAUUUUUUUAUCUAUAAAUAGAAAUAGAAAUUAAAUCGUUGGUAAAACCCAUACACACAAACGUUUCUUUCCUCUUUCUCCUCCUCCUGCCAACGGUAUCAGUUUUGACGCCGUUAGUUCUUUCCGUUUAUUGAUUUUCCCGCUUCAUCACACAAACCCAAAGCAUGUCCCGCGUGGUUGCAGCAGACGACAAUAUGUCGCUGCCGUUCUUCUCGCCGGAGCCUAACCAUCUCUCCAGCUACUCAGGCACGUCUUCUCCAACUUUCGCACAGCUCUUGAAGAAUGUCGGCGACACGACGACCGUUCUAACCGGUGGCCACCAUCAGCAUCACGUUGAUGUGGAUCUUGCCUCGCCGGACCGAUCCGUACCGUUCGUUCUCUCGUUCACUGAUCUCACCUACAGCGUGAAAGUUCGCCGGAAGUUCGCGUGGAGACGCGUCCCUUCAGAUCCCAUCGUCGGAGCUCCGUCGGACGGACUCUUCUCUUCCAAGACGAAGACGCUCCUCAACGGAAUCUCCGGCGAGGCUAGAGACGGAGAGAUACUGGCUGUGCUCGGUGCGAGUGGCUCCGGGAAAUCGACGCUGAUCGAUGCACUAGCCAAUCGAAUCGCCAAAGGAAGCUUGAAAGGAAACGUAACACUAAACGGCGAAGUCCUCAAUUCGAAAAUGCAAAAAGCGAUCUCAGCUUAUGUGAUGCAGGACGAUCUUCUCUUCCCGAUGCUCACAGUCGAAGAAACCCUAAUGUUCGCCGCCGAGUUUCGUCUCCCGCGAAGCCUUUCGAAAUCAAAGAAGAAUCUCCGCGUCCAAGCCUUGAUUGACCAAUUAGGACUUAGAAACGCGGCCAAAACGAUAAUCGGAGACGAAGGCCACCGCGGAAUCUCCGGAGGAGAGCGACGGCGAGUAUCAAUCGGAAUCGAUAUCAUCCACGACCCGAUUCUGCUUUUCCUCGACGAACCAACAUCGGGUCUUGACUCGACAAGCGCACUCAGUGUCAUUAAAGUUCUCAAACGAAUCGCACAGAGCGGAAGCAUGGUGAUUAUGACUCUUCACCAACCAAGUUACCGUCUUCUCCGAUUGCUCGACCGUCUUCUCUUCUUGUCACGUGGCCAAACCGUCUUCAGCGGAUCACCCGCGAUGCUACCGAGCUUCUUCGCCGAGUUUGGCCACCCGAUUCCCGAACACGAGAAUCGCACCGAGUUUGCGUUAGAUUUGAUUCGAGAGCUAGAAGGAUCCGCUGGUGGAACGAGAAGUUUAGUUGAGUUCAACAAAGGUUUUAGACAGAGGAAAGCAGAGCCAAGAACUCAAACCGGCUUGUCCCUUAAAGAAGCAAUCAGCGCAAGCAUUUCCAAAGGAAAGCUUGUCUCCGGAGCAACGACUACUACUACUCCUGGCUCUGGCUCGAACCCUGUUUCCACCAUUCCAACAUUCGCAAACCCGUUUUGGGUCGAGCUUGCGGUUCUAGCCAAACGGUCCAUGACUAAUUAUCGGAGACAGCCUGAAUUGUUCGGGAUACGUCUAGGAGCUGUUUUAGUCACUGGAUUCAUCUUAGCCACCAUGUUUUGGCAGCUAGAUAACUCCCCCAAAGGAGUUCAAGAACGUCUCGGAUUCUUCGCCUUUGCAAUGUCCACAACGUUCUACACCUGCGCAGACGCUCUACCCGUUUUCCUCCAAGAACGAUUCAUAUUCAUGAGAGAAACCGCUUACAACGCUUACCGUAGAUCCUCCUAUGUGCUAUCUCACUCUCUCGUUGCACUUCCUUCCUUGAUCAUCCUCUCGCUUGCUUUCGCAGCAACUACGUUCUGGGGCGUGGGAUUAGAUGGAGGCCUCAUGGGCUUCCUCUUCUACUUCCUAAUAGUCUUAGCCGCUUUCUGGGCAGGAAGCUCAUUCGUCACCUUCUUAUCAGGCGUUGUCCCACAUGUAAUGCUCGGUUACACCAUUGUGGUAGCCAUCUUAGCCUAUUUCUUGCUUUUCAGUGGAUUCUUCAUCAACCGAGAUCGAAUCCCUUCCUACUGGAUCUGGUUUCAUUACAUCUCCUUGGUCAAGUACCCUUACGAAGCUGUUCUCAUAAACGAGUUCAGCGACCCGACAAAGUGUUUCGUCAGAGGAGUUCAGAUAUUCGACAACACACCUCUUGUUGCCGUGCCUCAGGGGAUGAAAGUUAGGCUUCUGGCAACCAUGAGCAAAUCACUUGGGAUGAGAAUCACAAGCUCCACUUGCUUGACAACAGGAUACGACAUUUUGCAGCAGCAAGGAGUUACGGAUCUCAGCAAAUGGAAUUGCUUGUGGGUCACUGUCGCUUGGGGUUUCUUCUUUCGAAUCUUGUUCUACUUUUCUUUGCUUUUGGGCAGCAAGAACAAGAGGAGGUAAAAAUAAAACUCAGUUUGAUCUCAAGGUGGUGGACUGAUUUCAAACUUUGGACUACUUUUCUUUGUAUCCUGUAUUUUUUUCAUUUUGAUUCUUUGUUGUAUAUCUUUAAUUAUUUU